AUUAGACAAUGUUUUUCUGCACGCAUUUGACAAGUUGAUUCUUGAUCGUAAAACGAUCACACCGUGCGAAAUGUUUUACCAUAUUCAAUUGGAACACGAAAUCCAAUUGCAUCCUCGAUAUUUUGGACCAAACUUGUUGGAUACGGUCAAAAAGAAGUUAUUUAAAGAUGUUGAAGGAACGUGUACAGGCAAAUAUGGAUUCGUCAUUGCUGUGACCACGAUUGACAGUAUUGGUGAUGGUGUAAUUCAAUCUGGCACUGGUUUUGUAACUUAUCCGAUCAAGUAUCGAGCUAUCGUUUUUCGACCAUUCAAAGGAGAAGUACUUGAUGCUAUCGUUACACAGAUCAACAAGGUCGGUAUAUUCACUGAAAUAGGCCCAUUGGCUUGUUUCAUAUCCCGGCAUUCUAUACCAGCCGAUAUGGAAUUUGAUGCUAAUGCUAAUCCACCAUGUUAUAAAACAAAAGAUGAUGAGAUGGUCAUCAAUCAGGAUGAUGAAAUUCGUGUGAAAAUUGUUGGUAUACGUGUCGAUGCUACCGAUAUAUUUGCCAUCGGUACGCUUAUGGACGAUUAUCUUGGUCUUAAUUAAAUUCCAUCCAUUAAUAAUCCUACCAACGUAUUUGCAAAUUAUCUUAUUUGUUGUAGAUAAUCAUUCCAUUCACCUCAAUCAUGUAUCAUUAUAAACGGAUUUUCUUUUUAAAUUAAUAAAAUAAAUUCGAUUAUAAUGUAUAAAUUAA